CUUUUUUCUUUACUAUUUAUGGAUAAUUCAUUUUUGCUUUUAUAGUUUUUGUAUUUACCUAAGUGAUAUGUAAUUAAUCACAUAUUUUCUCUUUGUUUUGUAUCAAAAGCAAAGAACCAUUAGAACCAAGUACCUAUACUCUUUUUCUUUCUUUACCCAGUUUACAAUCCUCACUAUUUUCAUCUGGUCUUUUAUCAUUUUUGUUCUUAUUAUUUUUGUACUUCUCCUCUGUAAAAUGAUUAUUUUAUAUAUUUUGUAUUUUCAUUCCCUUCUUGAAUUUUGUCACAAACACUUUCCCAAUAUGAUUGCUAUUUAUUUCUAUUUGUGGUCAUCUUCCUUCUGCAUAUUCUAUCAUAAUUUUUAAAGUUGAUUUCUGUAUAUUGCAUCUUUUUAAUCUAUCUUAAUAGUAUUAUUUUUUUCCAAUAAGUCUUUUUUAUUGAUUUUAAGUUAUUGUUUCUACAUUUAUUCCUUAUUUUCUCAAUAAAAUCCUUCUUGAAAAUUCUUGUUUUGCAUUAAAAAUGUUUGCUUGACAAUAAUAUUACUAAAAUGAAUUGUAAAUGUUCAUUUUUCUCAAUAGUCUUAAUAACACAGUUCAUUAUCAUUUGGAACUGUUUACAGUCAAAGUUUAUCAGUAUAAUUUAAUUGUUAAAUCAACAAAAAAUCUUGUUUUGCCAUAAUGAUCUCUUUCAAUGACUAGAGACAAAUAUCAAUUAAACUUAUUUGUCUCAUAGGCGCCACAGAACGUUCAAACUUAUUUUUACAAGGGAUUCUAUUUUUAACACUUAAUUUAGAAUUGCAAUAAUUUUUUGUGUUGAAAAUUAUUGUUUCUGUAUGUGCUUAAAAAAACAGAAGCAGUUGUUUUACUUCUUCCCUAUUGUAAACAAGCAUAAAAAUAGUGGUUACUGAUCAUAACAAAGUAUUGUUGAUAAAUUUUAUUUGUCGUGUCAUGUAGCAAUGAAAGUAGCUUUUACCUUUGGGUGAUAUUUUUUAAUAUUUAGAGAAGGAGGAAUCUCAUGUAUGCACCCCCUAGACUCUAAUGUGACAAAAUAUGUUCAUGGUUUUAAUCGUUGAAUGUUAUCUUUUAUAUAUUUAAAAUAAAACUUGUUUUAACUAGAUUUAUUUUACUUUUUAUAAUUGUUUUAAUAAAUUUUCAUCUUGUCGGGAAACUUUCUGUCGACAGUGUACAUAUCAUAGUGAUUAGAAAAGGGAACAAAAAUGUUUGUGUGUUUGUAUGCUUCAUCUCAUCAAAGAACUAUUCAAAAUCUACCAAAAAUAUAUAACCUUGGCUAAAUCGAUUCUCCACAUAUUAUUCCCUCUAGUGCUUAAAUACAAAACAAAGUAUGUCACGUUGUUUAGGAGUUUUUCUACAAACAAAAACUUGUUUUUAGUAAUUCUCUAAAUUUUUUGUCAAUCUACACUAGACCUUGACAAAUAGUUGAAUAGUUGAUUGUUUCAUUGUAUUAAAAUUCUAUUCAAUGAUAUGUAAUUGUGACUUUAAUAAUUUGAUUGAUGCCCGAUAACUUGAAAGCUUAGAUUAUUAAUGUAUAAAUAACAUUGAAACAAAUGAUCAGGUUAGGUACAAUAUAUGUACUCAAUUAUUCGUCAAGGUCUACAAGGUAUUAGACAAUUGAAAAAAAAAACAAGGCACUAAAGAAUGAAUUAAAAUUAUAAAUUGGCUUUUGAAUUUUCUUCAAUUUUAAUAGGUCUUUUGUAUCAUCAAAGGAUUCUCAGUUUUAUGUUAUAUUGUUUCUAGAAAUUCCCUUUUUAUUAUAUUAGACAUUAUUCCCAAGAUGCUUGAAUGAUGUUUUUUUGCUGUCAUUGUAUUAAAGACUUCAUCAUGUAACAUGCCAUUAAGCUUGUUACGUUUUUCUUCUGUACACUGUAAGAGAAAUUCAAGAAUGAAUAGUUCUCAAGUUUACGUUGAAUUUUAUUCUCAUAUAAAACUGUCAAGGAUAAUGGUAUAGUUCUUUCAAUAUCAAAAAACCCUUGCUGACAAUUUUGUUUGAUCUACCAUAGUCGUUUCCCUUUAGAACAUGGCCCAUUCAAACAGCAAUUUUUACUAUUGUCCACACAACAGGAAUUUACUACAUCGUGACUGUCAAACCAUGUUUCAUCUAGAUAAAUUAUGUGUCCAUAAGAACUUCGAUAGUCUUUUAUCUGACUCAAAUAAUCUUGUCGCCAUCGAACGAUCCUUGAAGAUUCGGUUAUUGCCUUCAGUUUUUUGUGUUUAAAACCACAUGCUGACAAAACUUGAUGUAAUGUUUCUAAACUGGUAUAAUUGUAUUCUGGAUAAUCUGCUACCUUUUGCUGUAUUACUUCUAAUGUCGCAACUUCUAAUAAACAAUAAAUUGUCCUACGUAUAAAAUCUUGAGUAGCUUUGUCAACUGAUUUCAGUUCUUCUUUACAUUUCUUUGCCCAUUAUCAGAUUGCUGAAUAUUCUCCUUUUUUAAAUAUUCAAAUAUAUUUAAUAUAACUUGCUCUGUUUGUAUAUCUAAAUCUUUAUUAUUAAAUUCAUACCUGUCUUUAUUCUCAUUGCACUGUGCAAUUUCAUUGUCUUCAUUCGCCCAUGGUCUAAACAACGUCAUAUUUCAAUUUAUUUAAAGAAAUUUAGUAAUUAAAUAAAUCUCACCAAGCGACGCCACUGCUUAUCGCAGACUUUCUGGAAUGAAUAUUUCGAAGAAAUUGUGUACAUACGGCUUCGGCCAAUAGAAAUGCAUUUAUGUUAACGAUUCGGUGUUUUCAUUGGUAAACAGUGGAGAUGAUGAGUCCACGUCGACUGACGGUUUGUUAGAUGCUUACCGAAUUUUAUAGGUGGAGUAAACAUUAUUUUAUUAUUUUUAUUAUUGUUCCUCGCAUAACUGUCUUCUGCAAUUGAUAUUGGGAAGAACUAUAUGAAUUGAAGAAAUUAUUAUCAUAUCGAUCUUGUGUACAAAAUUUAAAAUUAAUUCGAUAGACAAAUGAAACUAAUAAAAAUGUGUUAAAAAGAAAUUUGUGUAUGAUUCAUGGGCUUGUUAUAAAUGCCUCGCAUUAUUCUUUUUUUAUUAAUUCAUUGUAAAUUCUAUAGAUAUAUACCUACAACGGUAUGUCACGUCUCUGACUAAGAAUUCUCCGAAAGGUUAUCAUAAUGAGAAUGUUAUUUUGAUUCCACCAAUGACUUAAUCUAUUUCCUCAACUCGAUAUCUUUCAGCAUUAGACGUAUUAUCUCCGCGGCUAUCAUAUAUUUUGUUUUUUAUUUAUUUUAAAUUGCACGUGUUGUAUAUACAAAGUUGAACGCGAAUUAGUCGAAUGUGCUAUUGUGAAUGUCAAAUUUCAGUUAAUAUCAUAGAUAAAAAAAAUUGAAAAAAGUGAAAUAAAUAGUAAUUGCUUCUAAUGCAAUUGUGAUUCAACAUUUAUAAGGCUCAUUUCAUAUUUCAAGUACUUAGGAAGAAUGGUACAACUUAUAUUAUGGAAUUUGUGGAGGUUAGGUGCAAUGGAUAGCUUGCAUGUAAGUUCUCAACAAACAGGAAGUAAAACGUCUAGCAGAAGUGCAUCACCUUCUCGACCAAGAGAACAACAACAACAGCAACCAUUCCAUCCUCACCAUACGAAAACUCUCAGUCACGGAUCCGUUGAUAGUUGUAAGAGCCAUGAUGGAAUUGGAAGUGGCAUACAACCUCAAAGACCGGCCCGUCAGCAUCGAUCUCCAACCGCCAGCUUGAAUCGGACCGGACCGCCAGGUGGUACCACCGCUGUCCUUCCAGGGGGAGAUAUGGACGACUCAGUAAAUCAAGUGUACCUUCUGGAUGACAGCGGUGGCGGCAAUCUGAUGCAGGAAUAUGAUCCGUCAGAUUAUCCUCCGUCCUACAUGUCCAAUGGUAGUAACGAAUUGAAAACGGAGGACGACACGGAUAGUUUGGAUCCAAAGACUAAUGCUAUUUUGGAACAACUCGGAACUAAAAUUAUAAGAGUUAAGGAUCUUAUAAGGAUGGAACAGAAAUUGAGAGACGAUAACGUAAACGAGUAUCUGAAGUUGGCAGCUAACGCAGACAAACAACAAGUGCAGAGGAUAAAGGCCGUUUUUGAAAAGAAAAAUCAAAAAAGUGCACAUGUGAUAUCGCAGUUACAAAAAAAAUUAGACGUUUAUCAAAAGCGCGUCCACGAAUUAGAAACUCAUGGCGCUGCUCAAGGUCAUAGACCACCAAGGGAAGUUCUCAGGGAUAUGGGACAAGGACUCAAAAAUGUUGGUGGUAAUAUAAGGGAUGGUAUCAGUUACGUUGGAGGUUCCGUAAUGUCAAAACCUAGAGAGUUUGCUCAUUUGAUAAAAAACAAAUUUGGUAGUGCAGACAACAUCAGUCAAUUGUCAACGUGGUACGUAGGGACUGGCGAAGGAAGCAAUGCCAACAAGAUCAUCGAUACUGGUGGAGGUGGACCUACUGGCUCAGAGGGCAGCGGUAUUCCGGCGAAUGGAGGUAGCGAUCACGGAGAUAAGAGCCAUCAUCAUCAUCACGGAUCGACAACGUUACCUGCAACGUUGCAUGUAACCACAUCACAGAGCUCCAUGGGAGGUCACGGUGGAGUAGCAGGAGCCACAGGACAUGGUCAACAUCACCAAUCUGCUGGGAAAUUGGUUAGUGAAGAAGGAAGUGGAUGUAGUAGUGUUACAAGUGAUAGUAUAGGAAGAUAUGGUAGAGAAGGACAUGACAAAUAUUCUGAUGUAAAUAAGAAAAUUAGAUUAGUUCAAGAUCAAUUAGACAAUUUUAGGGAAAACUUUGAUAUUAUCAAAUCGUUACAACAGGAGAUACAAGAUCUUAACUCUUCUUUACAGGAGGAAAGAUUCAGAAGUGAAAGACUGGAAGAGCAAAUUAAUGACCUCACAGAACUUCAUCAAAACGAAGUGGAGAAUUUAAAACAGGCAAUGGCCGACAUGGAAGAAAAAGUGCAAUAUCAAAGCGAGGAACGUCUCAGAGAUAUACAUGAAAUGCUUGAGCAUUGUCAAACAAAAAUCCAGAAAAUGGAACAUCAAGCCCUCCAACAACAGCAGUAUGUAACGCUCGAAGGUCUCGAUAACUCCAAUGCUCGGGCACUUGUCGUAAAACUUAUUAACGUUUUGCUCACAGUACUUCAAGUUAUUUUAUUAUUAGUUGCUACAGGAGCAGGAAUUAUUAUGCCCUUUCUUCGUACACGGUUAAGGAUUUUGUCGACAGUUAUAUUAGUUGUAGGAAUAGCUUUUGUAUUGCGGCAAUGGCCGGAAGUAAGAGACAUUGGAUCGCACAUGAUGCGUCGUCUCAAAGAUACAUUAGAUCCGGCCCCGUAAUUUUAGUUUCCGCCCCGCCCGAUGCGCUGUAUCUGUCGCUGAUGCUGAGCUGAUUCACUUAAAAAAAAGAAGAAAGAAAACGACAAGAAUAAGCCCGACGUCUCAUCUCUGAAAAGACAACUCUUUUUUUGAAAUUAACCUCAUUUAACAAAUUCAAUUGUAGAAGAAAUCAGAACGUGUUUUCAAGAAAAUGCGAAACUUGUUUCCGCAUUUUUUUAUUUUUUAAUGAUAUAAAAAACGUAUUUGAACAAUAAUUGAUCCUUGUGUAUUCCUAAUGAAAAAUCAAAUUAGAUUUUUCGAAAUGUAUCGAGUUAAUAACCUCGAAUUAAUUCUAUGUACAUCAUACUGUAUAAAAUUAACGUCACAUAUGGUUACUGCUAACAAAUCUCUCGGAACUUGUCUAAAAUUCAAUAUAAAAAAGUAGAAUGUAAACAUCAAAUAAAAUUCGAAAAAGAUAAUAAGAUAUGUGUUGUUCAGGGUGACUGUGAUCAAAAACUUUUCAGUCCCAAGGAGAAGGAAAUACUAAAGUCUUCUAUUUAUUGCAAUCUUACAAUCACUUGCAUAUGUUUGACUUAAUCACGACUGUACGUCUGUGAUAUAAAAAAUUAACCCUCAACAACCGUCGUCAGAUAUUGAAAAUUAUCACUGUUCUCAGGUAAUUGCUUUUUUUUCAUCUAUUAGAAAAAAGUGUUUGUAGCAGAUCUUUGGUAAGUUGAAAACAAAUAAAAAUAAACGCAAAAAAUUAAUUAUAAAUAAAAAAAAUAUUUUUAUUAAAACCAAAAAAGAAUCCACCAAAAUAAAAGUAUGUUAUAGAAGUUAUGAGAUGCAAAAUUUAGAAGAAAUAUAAGGGAAAAUACAAAAACUGUAAAGUUCUUACAUUAACAAUUUAGAUUUGUAGUUACAGUACAUUUUUACUUUGCUUACGAACGUUGAAAAAAAUGUAAUGCCUUCAGUAGCUAGUACUUCCCCCUUUGGCAGUGAUAACAACCCACAAAAUACGAAAAAUACUUUGGAUUAGAUUUUUAAUCACAUUUCUGCACCAGAGUAUGAAGCUCUCUACAAUUUCUUGGGGCCCGCACAUGUUUCCGCUAACCAUCUCCCCAUUUCAUCCCAAAUGUGUUCAAUAUGAUUUGAGUCUGGAGUGCGAGUGAGCCGAACAAAUCGCGUGAUUUCAACCUCGUCAAAUACUCAAUUAUCAGAGCAUUGUGGCGCUGUGCAUUAUUCAUAAAGGUUACAUCGUCUCCAAGAAUAACCAUGAAUGGUACAACAUGGUCUACUAGAACCUCUGUCAGAUAUCUGUGCGCUGGAAACGUUCCAUUCUCGAUAAACACUAACUCUGUGUGAGCGUCAAAAAAUAUGCUUCUCUAUACUAUAACUGAUCCUGGCAUUCCGAUGUUCACGAGAAAGCAACGGUCUAGUAGCUCUAGUACGAGAAGAUAAUCUAGCAGCAUGGAGUCGCCUUCUAACUGUCCACUCACUUUAUAUUUCUCACUAUAUUUCUAUGGGCAACUGUCGUGACCGUUCGGUUUCUCACAGCUAUAGAAACGAGAAAGCGUCUUGCCUCGUCCUGAACCAAGGCAUCGCGCGAACAAACCAUUCUCUUCGUACCUCUUCCAUACUCGUUGCACACUCGAGAGACUUCACCAACGUGUCACUCCGUUUCUAACUGACAGCGGCCAUUUCUAAAGCUGCCACAAUUCGUGCAGGAAAUCAUAGAAUAUAUGCUCAUUGCAAUUAGACCAUCAGUGAAAAUAAUACUAAACAAUUUGCGAUAGACAGAUAAGACGAAAAAACAAAAAAUUUGCUGAUAAUGGUUUGUUGGAAUUUAGGUGAGGGGUCUUUUUUGUCAAACGCUUAUCAAAACAACAAAAUUAUGUUUAUUCACUCAAUCAGGUACAACCGAACAAUAAAAGAAAAUAGCAUACUGAACACACUGAAGACUGAAGGAAAACUAGUUCACCUUCAGUCUCUGAAGACAAUAACUUGGUUAACGAAACGCGCGUCAGAUAGUGUAAUUGUGAGUGUCGGUGUAAACAGUGUGUUUAAAAUGAAUAUCACCAAAGGUUCCAGAAAUUCCAACUUAAUUAAGUAAGGGAAUAAAAAUAAUUUUUGUUUCCAAUUUCUAACACAUUUUUUUGCAGUAAUUUUUAAAAAUUAUUACUCUACUAUACUUUUAAUCGAACAAGGAUCCAAAAGUAAGAUUGUUUUGUUUUGUCUAAAGAAACUGUGGUACAACAAUUUUCUUUCCACAUUUUUUCCGAAGUUCAUGAAUGAUUUAAUUAAUGAGCAUUUCAUUUCUACAGGUUUAUUAAAUUUUUCUUGAACGUCUUUGAAUUUUUGUAAAGAGAAACAGACCUAAGAGAUUUCCGUCUAUUGCCAAUAAAUUUGUCGUUUACUUUUAUACCAAUAUAUUUUAUUAGAAUGAUUAAAUUGAUAUUUAUUACCUAUCAA